UCGAGGACCAUGAUCAAGGAGGAGGGUUUUGGUUCAUUGUAUAAGGACCUGAGUAACCAACCUAGGUUAUUGCAAACCCAACUUUCCAAAAUAAAGAAGAGAUUAAGCUGUUGGACGAACCCUGAUAUGAUCAACAAUGUAGAUCAGUUGGGGCAAAUGGAAGAUUCAAUUCGAGAAUCGCGUAACCAGAUAAAAACACAUAAGUAUUUGGACGAGAACAAGUCAUUGAUUCUGAAGAUUGUUGAGAGCCAGAAUUCAGGGAAAUUGAGUGAAUGUGCAGAGUUAUGGAGGUCAUGAAGAUAUUGGAGAUUGACCUUGAAAGUGGAUGGAUUUUGCCCAAGUUAUUUCAGUGGGAAAGGAAAGCAAAUCACUUCUACACACAAAAAGACAUUGAUCAGGUCCCGGUCGAGUGGGCAAAGUAUGUCAACCAAUUUCAACAAAGCUAGUGUGUCGAGAAGAUUCUAAUUUUGGACAUGCAUCAUUUAUAACCCAUAUUAACUAGUUAUGCAG